AAAGUCAGCUGAGCGGCUGGUGGGGAAUUUCCCUGGGCAGCGGAGCCCACAGGCAGGGCAGGCGGCGCUCUGUGGCCGCUCCCGCCGUAGCCCCACCAUGGCUGAGCGAGGCAGGAGUGGAGCUGCCCUUCCGGACGAAGAGGUCUUGGCCUUGGCGUGGGUCUACCUGGUUGCCCUGGCUCUCAGCCUCCUGGGCAGCGGUUCCAUUGUGGCUGCCUCUCUCCUCCGAAGGCGAUGCUGCCAGGAUCAGCUCUGCCCGCUCUUCCUCCUCUCCCUGGCGGAUCUCCUGGGUGCCUCGGCCCUCCUCUCCGCAGCUGCCAUCCAGCUCCUUCCACCGCGGCUCUUCGUCUCGGCCUACCAAGCCUGUCCCUACCUGCUGAUGCUGGGCCUGAUGUUCUACGCCGUUUCUCUGCUGAUGGUCGUCGUCUAUGCCUACGAAGUGAAGCGAGCUCUGGGGGGCUGGAGGGAGGCCCCUUCCUCUGCCCUGCUGCAGGAGGAGAGCGGCAGGUUCAACCAGAGACUCCAAAUAAAUCUGCCCCGUCUCUUGGCCUGGCUGCUCCCUUUCCUGGUCUUCGUGGUCCUGCUGGUGAUUCGAGGCUCAUCCCUGAGAGAUGUGGCGCCCUGGGCCUUCCCCCCGUUGGCGUUACAGGCUGGAAACGGCUCGCGAGGGUCCCACGGCCUCUACUGCUCCAGCUGCCUGAUCCUUAUCCGCCACUCGCAAGACACCUGCUACAAGUACACAGGCAGGAACGACUCUGGCAAAGAAGUCAAGAUCUUCUUUCUCGUCUUCGUCUCUCUGAUUGUCGCCUGCUGCACAGUCCUCUACUGCAGGGUGAAGUGCUGGUGUCACCGCAGGCAGAGAGGUGGCCCCACCCUGACCCUGCCAGCUCUGGAGAAUGAUGGCUGUGCCAUCCGAACCCACAUCGCCUGCUUGUUCCAGCUGGUCUUCCUGGUCUGCUGGAUGCCAGCUUUCUUCCUGUGCCUGCUCUCCUUCUCCAGUCUUCAGCCGCCCAUCCUCUUCCCUUUCUACUUGGCUGUGGCCCUGACCGUCUCCCUGCACGGCUUCUUGCACAGCCUGGUCUACGGGUGGCUGCGGCAGAACUUCCGCCGGGAGGUGACCGGGGAGCAGAUGCCCCUCCUGGGCCACCUGGGCCAGAAAGCCUUUUUCGAGGACUCCCUGGCCAUAUGUAGGGAGGGCUGAAGGAAGAGGGGCAGGCGGGGUCCCCCCAGAACAGAGCGCUGCAAAACUCAGGCAGGGAGCAGCUCAGCUCUGCUCCCCCCCCCCCGCCGGGGUGGGGGUGCAUUACAAGCCCCUCCACCUCUGGGUCUUUUUUUGUAAGGGUAUUUUGCUCAGGACUUGAUUAGCCCAGCAGCCAGCAGGAUCACACCAGAGACGCGUAGGAGCUCUGCUUGCUACAGGGGCUUCAUGUGUUGUGGGGAAAUCAGGAGAUUGUUGUUGCCCCCCCUUUGCUCUGGGGUCUCACGAUCCCCUGGGGUCCACCCGAUGGCCAGAGCAAAGCAAGAAAAUGCAACCAGGUAUAUGAAAAGCAAGGCGACUAGGAGGCCCAAUCUUUAUUUUCGUCACAGCAAGGUUCCUACUUCUGAAGCAGCAAAGGGUGCGACUCCUUUGAAAAGUUUGCCUUUUGCCCAGAGAUCCACUCCCCAAAAGCACCGUCCAGAGGUUGCAAGGCAUCACAGGAAGAGGGGACGUUUUACAGAAACUUGAGUCCUUGCCUGGUCUCCAAGCUAUCUGUGGAUGGCAAGUCUCCUCUCCUCUGCUCAUCUUUGGACAAACAUGAGCACACCCCUUUGGCCUCACAAAUAACCUUCGCCCCAAUCCAUUCACUUAGUCUCUUGCUCAGUGAUUUCUUCCUGGGCAGAUAAGGAUCCUUCCUUCCAUUGUCAGCCCAUUGUAUUGCCCAUGGUCAGGACUCGGGGAUUGUGGCUGCAGCCAUGACGUGCUCAGACUCUGUUGCUCAGAACCACUUUGGUCCACUCUGUGUAUGAUUCUGUGACCUUUGGCUUGAGUUCUAUUCAUGAAUAAACUAUUUUAUUUUAA